CAAGGUGCACAUUACAAAACUUUCAACCUUGAAAACUUCUGUCAUUGAUUAUAAUGUCCGAGCUGAAAUUUUGUCAAUGGGAAUGGGCAUUGAUAACUCAGAACAUGUAGAACAACUGAAAAAAUUAUACAAAGGAGCUAAAAUGCCAUCUUUUGAAGAAAGCCUGAACCAGACCCUGAUACCUUCUUCCAGAGAAGACAGUGCUUGUCUGCCAAGCACACAGCAAGAGGACAAGGGCUCAGAGAGAGGAACUGACUCCAAGACAAACUCAGAAAACCAAAAGCAUGAAACUUUACCUAAAAACAAUGGAGGUGCUUCCAUUAACAAAACUACAGAGCCGCCGAAAAGCUUCCACCCACAAAUAAAAUGGUUCCAAAAAGAGGAUGUGGUCAUACUGAAGAUAAAAAUAAGGAAUGUGAAAGAUUAUAAAUGUAAAUACUUUAGAGAUAGAGUUGUCUUCAGUGCCUGGGUAGGAGAGAAAUUUUACUUGGCUGAUUUGGAGCUGCAAGCCAACAUAAUAAAAGAUGAUUGCAAAUGCAUAAUUAAAUAUGACGAACCUGUAAUCACUCUUGCAAAAGAGCAAAGGGAGUCUUGGUGUGGCUUACUCAAACAGAGGAAUCCCAAUGUGGCUUUUGAUUUUGAUCACUGGGAAGACUGUGAUGAGGAUAAGGAGGAUAGCCACUUUGCCAAAGUUGUAAAUUCUAAAAACCUGUCCUGCAGCGUGGCAGGCUUGGUUGAGACCAGUGACAAAAGUUCGGAUGAAGAUGAAAGUGAGAGUGAAUGAGAAUGUGAAUGAAAACCUGCAGAGCGGCCAGAGGCUUCUGAACAGAAAUGGAUAUUGCUCUGUGACCAGAAGCUAAGAAGACAGGAAGUCACAUUCAGACCUUUUUUCCCUCAAGGCUCAAGCGUUACUGUUACCUUGUGGCACUGGGAUUAGUAAUGGUGAGAAAUUCUUAACUGAUAGAAAAAUGAGUUGAUGAUGAGACUCUGGAAGGAAGGUGGGAGCAGAGGCACUGUGAGUGCUGGGCUGUCCUGCUGGCCGCCUGCUGUGAAGCCCGCCUUGACACUCAGGUUGAGUGAUGCAAGCCAGGCAUUCAGGUAACGAACUGUACCACCUGGAGUUCACUGUUGUUUUUUCAUCUAGACCUGUGUUUGGUACAUUCUUAAAACCUGAUCUUGCACAUAUAAAUUGAGAUUUCUUAAAAUUCAUACUCUGCGCUGCUUAAGAGACCUUUUCAACGGCUUCCCUGGUAGCUCAGAUAGUUAAGAAUCUGCCUGCAGUGCAGGAGACCUGGGUUUAAUCCCUGGGUCGGGAAGAUCCCCUGGAGAAGGAAUUGGCAACCCACUCCAGUGUUCUUGCCUCGGUUCCAUGGGUGGAGGACCCCGGCAGGCUACAGUCCAUGGCGUCGCAAAGAGUCAGACAUGACUGAGCAACUAACACUUCACUUCACUUUCAGCUAUGAGUUAAUUGGCAUUCAACAUAACUGUGUGUGUGCUAAUGCUCCUAGUAGUCUUUACAUAGUGAUAGCUGGUUACCCAGGGUAAGCUGAUAUCUUGCGAAGAGACAGUCCAAGGGCGAGAAUGGGCUUGCCUCACCAAUAGCAGCCUGACCCAGGGCUUUCUGGAGGUAAAACUUCCGAAGUACCCUCAGAACCUGCAGUGUCCGGGACAAACAGGACACAGGUCUCUCUCCAGUGGAAACUGAAGAGGACUUGUGCCUGGAGGCAGUGCUCAGAAUACCUGCACAUGGUGAGCCCUGCAAACAUUCAUGGCCUCGGCCUGGGGCGAGGCUGCAGCACCCACAGUCAUGAGGCCAUCAGGAAAUGUGCAUUUGCCUUGAGCACUUCAGUGUGGGACUGCCCAGAGCCUGGCUCUCCAGUUAACUGGAGAGUUAGACAGCGAGGCGCUGGCCAGUUCACACCCCGUGCACUGCCUCAGUGUGGGCCUGGCAGCUUUGCCUAGAACUAGAAAAUAACAGAACAUGACUGUUAGGACAGCCCCCAGAAUCUUUAUUCUUUUUUACACAUCAGAAAGCACAGGUGCCCACGUUUCUGUCUGUCCCACGUACGAAGCACCACCUGAACGGGAGGUAAACUUUGUCAUCAAGCUGUCUUGUCGUGUCCCAUGAGCAGGCGUGAACCGUCCUCUUGCUCUCAGUUUCCUCAU